AGGUUCGAGCUUCCCAGCGCCCCACGCCAGCAGCCGUAGGUGGGUCUCAGGGCACUGGUUGCCGCAGUGACUGCUGGAGCGCGCCAACAGAAAACAGCCAAGCAGCCCCGGCACGGCCAAACACAAACUGCAGACCAGAACCGACCAGACCAGCCUAGGGCACUGCUGGGCCAAUUGCUUUCGACGCGGCGUUUCGACAACCGACGUCCACGAGCGUGUCGAUUUCCUCGCGUCCGGCCGAUCCACGACAGUCGCCGAUCCACGACAGUCCCUUCCUCCGUCGGUGCCCAGCCGCAGUUGUUGGAGUUGUUGGAAUUGUUGGAGUCGUUGAGCAGCAGCCAUGUCGGUCCGUGUCGUCGCAAGAAUACGUCCCCUGCUUGAAAAAGAGCACGACAAGGAUGUCAUCGUCCGCGCCGACAGCGUCGAGCACGGCAAGCCCUUCACCAUGGUCAAGAUCCCGAGCCCAAAGAACGAAGCUGAAGAGUUCUCGUUCGCCUUCAACGGCGUCUACGACCAGUCGGCGACGCAGGAGCAGCUGUUUACGGCCGAGGUGGCUCCGCACAUCAAGGCCCUCUUCCAGGGCCUCGACGUCACCCUGUUCGCGUACGGCGUCACGGGCACGGGCAAGACGCACACGAUGCGCGGCGGGCUCAAGCUGGCAGAACGCGGGGUGAUCCCCAGGCUGCUGAGCAACGUGUUCCGCCGCGGCAAGAAGAUCGCCAAGGACACCAACGGCGAGACGUCAGUCGACGUGGCCCUGUCGUACUACGAGAUUUACAACGACAAGGUGUUCGACCUGCUGGAGCCGCCCGAGAAGCGCACGCCGUCGGGGCUGCCGCUGCGCGAGAAGGACGGCAAGACGGUCGUGGUCGGGCUGUCGGAGCGGGCGUGCGAGGACCUCAAGGACUUUGAGCGCCUGUACAUCGAGUCCAACAUGAACCGCGUGACGGCCGCCACCAAGCUCAACGCGCACAGCAGCCGCAGCCACGCCAUCCUGCGCGUCAAGGUCACGCAGACCACGGGCGACGUGGUGCGCGAGAGCACGGCGUCGGCCAUCGACCUGGCCGGGUCCGAGGACAACCGCCGCACCGAGAACGGCAAGGAGCGCCUGGUCGAGUCGGCCGCCAUCAACAAGAGCCUGUUUGUGCUGAGCCAGUGCAUCGACGCCAUCUCGCGCGGCGACAAGCGCGUCCCCUACCGCGAGUCCAAGAUGACGCGCAUCCUGUCGCUGGGCCAGAACAGCGGCAUUACCGUCAUGAUCCUCAACCUGGCCCCCCUGCGCAGCUACCACCUCGACACCCUCAGCAGCCUCAACGUCAGCUCGCGCGCCAAGCGCAUCGAGGUGCGCGAGAUCGAGAACGAGGUCGUCUACAAGCAGGGCCCGCGGGCCGCGUCGGCCAAUCUUGGGUCGCUGCAGGGCAGCGCCGCGAGGCAGCCGCUGCGCGCGCUAGCCAACGCGCACAAUGUGCACACCGGCGCCGUGAUGGCCGCCAAGACGGCCGCCGACAAGCCGGACAAGCCGGUCAAAGCGUUUAGCGUCUACACGGACAAGGCCGCCGCGAAGCCCGCGGCGGUCGUCGUGGCAGCAUCAGUGCUGCCGCCGUCCCGCACCGCCAUCCCCACGGUUAACUCGUCGCAGCUCCGACGCUCAAACUCGACCAAGAGACCGUCCGACUCUGCCGACGCGCUGUCGUCGCGGCCCACGAAACUCGCACGCCCCACACACCAGUCACUGGUUCGUCCAUCUCAGCAGGCACAGCCGCAGCCACUCUCCAUGUCCGCCGAGCAGAUCGAGGCCAUGGUAGAGAAGAAGGUGGCCGAGAUUCUCGCGUCACGGGCGGCAGCGGAAGCCGUCGCCGCAGCCGAACCGGCUCCCGCCGCCCAGGAACCCGCCGGCGCACCACAGCAACAGCAGAGCAAGGCGCUGGAGGACGAGGUGCGGCGGCGGCUAGAGGCGCUAGAGCGGCGCAUCGACCACGACGAGCGGCACGACGACACGCGGUCCGAGGGGCUGCGGCACCUGCUGCAGGCGCGGCAGGCGAAAGAGCGCGGCGACGACGCGGCCGCGCUGCGGAGCUAUGAGCUCGCGCUGCCCUUCUUCCCCGGCCAGGCCAAGCUGCUGGGAAAGAUUGACCGGUUGCGGGCCAAGCUGGGCGCUGCCGCAGCCGGUGAUGACUUCCAGACUGCCACUGCUGCUACGCCUCGCGCUGAGCGUAAGCGCACGCGCACGCGCACGCGCCGGGCCAAGACUUGUUGCAACGACGACGAGGACGGCAACGGGGACGGCAACGAGGACGGCAACGGCGACUGCUACGCGGCUGCGUCGUCGCCCGGCGGCAAACACAGAUCUGCCGACCACGGCGACGACGUGUACGACGGCACCGAGGCCGACGUCGACGACGACGGGAGCUUCCUCCACCCCGGCCGCGGCACCACCAAAUCACGGAAACACAACCAAAGGAAUACUACUACUACUACUACUACUGCUACUGGUACUCCUACUGCUACUGCUACUACUAAUAACAGCACAACCAAGAAAGGCAUCGACGAGGAUCCUACUAGUAGCCCCCGCGCCGCGCACCUGCUGGCGAUCGUCAAUUCGCGCGACCUGCGCCUGAUCCGCAGCCUGCACGGCUUUGGUGCGAAAAAGGCCCAGGACCUUGUCGAUCACCUCAACCUGCUUAAGGCGGAGGACGAGGGCGGCGAGGUCAGGUCGCUCGCGCACCUCCGCAUGUUGCCUGGUAUGGGCAGCCGCACGGUUGAGAGGGCUUAUGAGGGCUUGUCUUCUGGUGGUGGCGUGGGGACUGGUGUUUGA